AUGGCCAUUCGGCAAAUUUUGAGACGAUCUUUCUCCAAUGAAAGAAGGUCAGCCGAAGUUCCAAAAGGGCAUGUUGCCAUCUAUGCCGGUGAUAAUGAAAAGAAGCGGUUUGUGAUUCCAGUCACGUACUUGAACCAUCCUUCAUUUCAAGAACUGUUGUGCCAGGCUGAGGAAGAAUUCGGGUUCAAUCACCCGAUGGGUGGACUCACCAUACCUUGCAGUGAGGACUUAUUUGUUGAUUGGAUUGGGCAAAAGAACCAAAUAGAUGCUGGUGCAGCCCGUGCUUAUGCUUCAUUUGUUUUGUUAACUGUUUUCUAA